ACUGUGUUCAGCCAAUCUAUGACUGCCCUAUGUGUGGGCUCAUUUGUACAAAUUACGAUAUUCUCCAGGAACAUGUUGACCUGCAUUUAGAAGAAAGCAGCAUUCGACAAGGCAUGGAUAGAGUCCAGUGUUCUGGUGAUCUAGAAUUGGCUCACCAACUUCAACGAGAAGAAGACAGUAAGAGGAGAUCUGAAGAAUCAAGACAAGAAAUGGAAGAAUUUCAGAGACUGCAGCGACAAUACGGUUUAGAUAAUUCUGGAGGAUACAAACAACAGCAAUUACGAAAUAUGGAGAUUGAAGUAAAUAAGGGUAGGAUGCUUCCAUCUGAAUUUCAUAGAAGAAGAGCUGAAAUGAUGGAAUCGCUAGCUCUUGGUACUGAUGAUGGAAAAACAAAAACUUCUG